AACGACACCUCUGGGCCAGUCUACUUCUUCAGCGUAAGAGAUCGCGUCUACGGCAUCUUCUCUCAGUGGCAGAAAUGCACCUUCACCGACCCAAACUACCCUGACAUCAAGUUCAACAACGCCGAACAAUACAUGAUGUACGCAAAAGCCCAAACCUUCAACAACCCAGACAUCGCCGCCGAGAUCCUCGUCGCGAAGACGUCGAAGGAUCAAAAGGCACUGGGUAGAAACGUCAAGCCCUUCAGUGACGCAGUGUGGGAUCCAGUCAAAUUUGGCAUUGUGGAACGUGGCAACUACCUCAAGUUCUCCCAGAAUGACAGAUUCAAAAGGGUGUUGCUGGAUACUGGAGACAAGCUGCUUGUUGAGGCUUCCAAGAAUGACAGCAUUUGGGGCAUUGGUUUCACUGCUACAACUGCAAAGACCGUCCCAAGAGAGAAGUGGGGUCAGAAUCUUCUCGGCAUCGCUCUGAUGAAUGUGAGAAAGAAAAUCAGAGAUGAGGAAGCCGGAGAAGAAGACGAA